CCCGUGACCCGGAAGCGAUCGUCAGUGCGGCGCUGUUUAAAGAUGGCGGCGGAGGAGCCUCAGCAGCAGAAGCAGGAGCCGCUGGGCAGCGACUCCGAAGGUGUUAACUGUCUUGCCUAUGAUGAAGCCAUCAUGGCUCAGCAGGACCGAAUUCAGCAAGAGAUCGCGGUACAGAACCCCCUGGUGUCAGAGCGUCUGGAGCUCUCAGUCCUAUACAAGGAGUAUGCCGAGGACGACAACAUCUACCAGCAGAAGAUCAAGGAUCUCCACAAAAAGUAUUCAUACAUCCGCAAGACCAGGCCUGACGGAAACUGCUUCUACCGUGCUUUCGGCUUCUCUCACUUGGAGGCACUGCUGGAUGACAGCAAGGAACUGCAGCGGUUCAAGGCUGUGUCUGCCAAGAGCAAAGAGGAUCUGGUGUCUCAGGGCUUCACCGAGUUCACAAUCGAGGAUUUCCACAACACGUUCAUGGACCUGAUCGAGCAGGUGGAGAAGCAGACGUCGGUGGCGGAGCUGCUGACGUCCUUCAACGACCAGAGCACGUCCGACUACCUGGUGGUCUACCUACGGCUGCUCACAUCGGGCUACCUGCAGCGCGAGAGCAAGUUCUUCGAGCACUUCAUUGAGGGCGGCCGGACCGUCAAGGAAUUCUGCCAGCAGGAGGUGGAGCCCAUGUGCAAGGAGAGCGACCACAUCCACAUCAUCGCGUUGGCCCAGGCCCUGAACGUCUCCAUCCAGGUGGAAUACAUGGAUCGCGGCGAGGGCGGCACCACCAACCCGCACGUCUUCCCCGAGGGCUCGGAGCCCAAGGUCUACCUCCUCUACCGGCCCGGACACUACGACAUCCUGUACAAAUAGGGCGCCAGGCAGCCCGAGCUGCUGUGGUUGUGACCGGUCCGGCCCCGCCCGCGCCCCGCCCUGUCACCCCACUCCCUCCCACGUGUCAUUAAAGGGGUGCUGGAGGUGAGCCUGUGUGUGCGUGUCCCUGCUCUGCCCGCCUGGCUGCUGUCUGGCUGUGCCCUGCCCUGCCCGGGGCGGGACGUCCUCUGUCUUCCGCCUCCCCCAGGAGCAGUUUGGAGGAGGCUCUGCCUCUUGGAGACCCCCUUCCCCGUUAUUGGAGCUCUGCUUUUUUCCCCUCCUCAGCUGGCCCGUGGGGCUUCCAGCGGAUCGAGGGUGUUAUUGAGAAGGACUUGUCCAGGGACCCGGGACCUCCCAGGCUUCAAGCUGUCCCUCUGACCCCCCACCCCUGCCCUGCGGUCCUGGCCCUGCUUCCUGCCCACUCCCGGGACCUGCAUGGUGGAGGGGCCCUGCGUGGAGUUGAGUGAGUGCCUGCUGGUGGGAGCUGGCUCAGGGCAGGCCGAAGAGGAGGAGGGCACCCCCAGGAGGUGCUGGCCUGGUGGGGUGCAUGGUCAACCCCACCCUGGGUCUGGGCAGGGCUUGCCAGUCCCCAUAACUUCCGCCCCCCCCCAACCCUUUGCCUGUGCCUGCUUUGCACCCCGUUUGCUUGGGCCACAGGCUCUCUGCAUUGCCUUCACCUCUCCCCCCACCCAGCACAUGUGGGGUCCCAGCCCCCAGGCUGUGAGCUCCCUGGGGCAGGCCCUCAAUAAACGUGACUGCUGCCCA